CUUGGUUUCGCACGAUUCAUUACGCACUCGUGCUCCUCGAGACGACCACCGGUCUAUGACUGUUAUACAACUAAUCACGCUGGUUAACGGUAUUAACGCUUGGUGUAUCGCCUUUUUUUGGCUGCCUAUAAGACUACGGGACAUUAGCGCUGGUUGUUUCGGUCGGCCACUUUUGUACGAUAAAGCUCUCGUUCCUAUUACGGUGGUCUCUUGUCUGAUUAGCCGUGAGAACAACAUAAGGAGAACUACCUCCAGCACCGAGGGGUGGGGUGGUAGUGUUUACUUUAUAUGAGUGACCAUUUCUACCCCACCUAUCGACGUGGACGGUGACAGAUCAACGAACUUAAAAACAACCUUGAUCUGCUACCAUAGCCACUAUACUGGUUAAGGGGACGCGUGCGAUUCUGCGCAUGUGAAAUAACAAUGCGUGAAUUUGCAAGCGAACCUACCUUGCCACUUAGCUAUACAUAAUUAUAUGUAUACUCUCAUUGUCUGGUACGGGAAUAUAACUAUAACUAUUCCCAUAGGGCCAUGCAUGUAUCACGUGACUACGUGACAAUUGAAGGCAAAGAAUAUAAUCUAAGCUUCAUCAUCAUCCCAGCCACCGAUAACGGGGGCAAUGGCACGAAAUGGAAUACGUUCUUUCGACGUAUUAAUUGGACAUCAUCGGUAUCUAUACCGCACUCCUUCUACACACUUGACUUGGGUAACCAAGGCAAACAUGUCUACCAUCCUUGCGCACCAUUCCACCUCGCCCGUGAUGAGGUCAAGGACUGGCUCAUUUGGAAAAAAGUCGUGGUUAAUGAAACCACCGAUGAAGUAGCUAAACUACUUAUGUUUAAAGACGGCAUCGAUGCCAAAACACUGGUGGAAUCGGAUGAUUUCAAAACAGGCAUAUCCUCCCACAUCCAACAUGAUGUCUGGGCUACACAAUUAGCUAAUUCUAGCAAACAACUGGUCACUACCCAAGACACCAUCAAGAAGGCUAUUAGCCACGGGCUCGAUAAUAUCACUUCGGUGGUGAGCAAAAAAAUACAACAGGAAUUCCGGAACCAGAAUUUCCGACGUAACAACUGGCGUGACGACGACUAUGACAGACAAUCAUAUCGCCGCCCGGAUGAUUACAGCCGGAACCAGCGUCAAGCUGAGCAACCAAUGUAUCAACCAACCAUUGGUACACCAACUAUAGCCAUCAACCCAGCCCCACAACAGCUCAACCAGCAGCUGGCAGCCCCACAGGGCUAUUGGAACCCGGCAAUCGCCAACCAACCAACAGGCUUAGUCUAUGCCUCACCUCAACCGGUUCAGCAACAACCGGUUCAGCAACGUACUGAAAUUCCGUACCGUAAUUUUAUAACAAGGGUCAGCACGGGCUACAAACCCCAUAUCUACCCGACCGUUAAGGCAUUAAAUCGGAUGCUCCGAAACCAGGUCCUUAUAAACCAAUCUCACUACAAUAUCUCUGAUGAAGAGAUUGAGGCCCUCUGCCUCGGACUUAACUUCAUACCAUCGGACAUUAGUCCGGAAGCGAAAGAAGCCAACUCCAGCAACCUUAACCAAGGUGUCAGCAAACUAAUUAGAGCAAUCAACAUCAGCCUACAUUUUGGAGAUAACUCCAGUACGAAUACAAGGAAGGGACGACUAACUAAGUUCCUCCCGAGCACUUGGGACCCCCCUACCCGAUCAUGGACACAAAUUCCAGCUGUGAUCGAUAUCCUGGACAAUAUCAUGAGCGUACCAAACGGUGCUGAACAUGUGGGAACUCCCCAACCAAUUAUAGAAGCAAUCGAGAAACUUCAAUCAGAAACCAAACUACACAUCCUUAAAGCGGAUAAAGGCCGGAACACAGUAAUCUGGGAAGCAGACGCCUACGACAGGGAGGCAACUAGACAGUUGUCAGACAUAACUACGUAUACGGAAUUAACCUUAUCUGAGUAUCACUCUCACCUCCAACGAAUCCAUUGCCUAUGUGAGACUCUCUCUGAGAAUCUACUAGCUAAUGGUUACAUAACAACAAUGGAGGACGAAGCAAUACGCUCCACCGAAACACGUGGAGCAUAUAUUUACUUUCUGCCCAAAACCCACAAAGACAUAAACAAAACAAGCUUAACAUUUCCUGGGCGACCAAUUGUUGCUACCUUCACAUCAGGAACUUAUCUACUCGACAAACUGAUAACAGAGGUUACUGCACCUCUCCUCCCCCGAAUACCGGGUUCACUAAUUGACACUAGCGACCUCGUGGAUAAACUUCCUAAACAAAAGUUACCUGAGGGUACACUCAUCACCACAAUGGAUGUGACCAGCCUAUACCCAAACAUACCAUGGGGUCCUGGCAUAGAGGCCGCAACCUCAUUCUACACCAGCAACCUGGAAUUCUUGCAACAGGUCGCGGAACAAAACAAUCUACUCCGACCACCCCACCCAGCACUAUUCAAAAGAAUUCUCAACACUGUCUUAUGCAACUCUAUCAUUAACUUCAAGGAUAUACGGUUUUUUCACCAAACCAAAGGCACGGCCAUGGGUUGUUGUAUCUCGGUCUAUUUCGCCAAUUGCUAUAUGUUCCACCUUACUCAACCGGUGAUCGAAAGACCUCCAGGUUGGCUUAUCACCUUCCUAAGAUUCAUAGACGACAUUCUCAUCAUCUCGAAUCACACGGGACCCAACGAACUACCUGAAUUAAUUAAAUCUAUAACUACGGAGCAUAUAGCGUAUACACACACGCAGCCCAGCCAAUCGGACAAUUUUUUGGAUAUCACUAUCCACCUCAAAGCUUCUACCAACACACUUGAAAUCUCACCUUAUACUAAGGAAACGGCCUCGGGAGCCUAUUUACACCCAGCCUCCAAUCACCCCGGUCAUGUCCUUUCGGCCAUACCGUACUCUCAAUUUUUAAGAUUACGACGAAACUCGUCUACAAUUGAUAUAUUCAAAAAACACGCCCGAAAAAUGAUGACCGACUUCAAAAUUAUGACAUACGACAAGAAACUACUCAAGCGCAGCUAUAAUAAGGCCCUUUGCGGGAACCCAACAUUGACUAGUACUACGAAACAGACUAAUAACGACGUAUUCCGGCUCAUUACAACAUUUAACAAAUACACUAACUGGAAACACAAGUUGUACCAACUAAAAAACCUCUACAACUAUAUCCUGGACCAUUACAGUAAAAAUGGACCUUUCCAGAACUGGAAACACAUUCGGGUACUCCAAGCUAAGCGUCCCGCAAUCGUCUUCACUAACGGACCUAGCAUUAACUCCAGAUUUUCUGGACAAAUCAAGAAACCGUUCAACACCUACCCAGGUGGGACGCAGGCUAACAUGGGACUCACCAGUACCCAGCACGAUACAUCGCAACCAGGCAGAAGCUACCCAAGCCUCCACAGCCCUUACACCACGCUGGAAUUCACCAACACAAACCAGCAACAUGCCAGACCAGGCCCAACAUAUCAAUCUCGACUGGGCGGCCCACAUCGUCGAAACCCGACAAGGGAACACCAACUCGGGCACAGUACAAAGAAUACUGGAUCGGGGACUAACAUCCAGGCAGGGAAGCCUUGACUGGGGCAACACCUACCUUCGACGGAAGGGGAAAACCCUUAAAGAAUACUAUAUGUUAACACCUACCCAACCAAAACACCGCGGAACCAUUUUGUAUAAUGGAAAUACAGCGUAUCACUUCUCCAGAAUCGCACCUGCAUCAUCCCGGCCCUUUAGGCCGAUCUACAAAUUCCUCUCGCAAACUGGAUCCCAUGACUGGAUCUCGAUCGGCCGUGAAGAUUUUGAAUUAUUGGAGCCUUUGGUGCCCACAGCCAAACACCUGGCUGCACUCUCAGCCUUAACACAACAAUAAGUUCUGUAUAACACUUGCACUUCCUAAUAAACUGGUUGUCCUUUCCUG